AAUCAAACCCACCAAAUCGGCAAAGUCCCAUCUCUCCGCCACGCUCUCUUCUUCUCCGAUGGGACGAGCCACUAAUCUCAGGGAUCUUCUCGGCAAGCUCAAGGACAAGGUUUCUCAGAGCAAGGCAGCUCUGCUUUCCAACCCCAAGGCCUUGUCCCUCCACCUUGCCCUCCUCCGUGCCACCACCCAUGACCCUUCUACGCCUCCCAACCAGCGCUACCUGACCACCCUUCUCUCCUUCGGCAACGGCUCGCGCUCCACCGCCGCCUCUGCCAUCGACGCCCUCAUGGACCGUCUCCAGAACACCCGCGACGCAGCAGUGGCUAUCAAGUGCCUCAUCACUGUUCAUCACAUCAUCAAGCACGGUGGUUUCAUUCUCCAAGAUCAGCUUUCCGUCUACCCAUCUACCGGUGGCAGAAACUACCUUAAUCUUUCGAAUUUUAGAGAUAAUUCCACCGCCUUGGCAUGGGAGCUCUCUUCUUGGGUUAGAUGGUACGCUUUAUAUCUUGAACAACUCUUGGCGACCUCAAGGAUUCUGGGAUUCUUUCUAUGUUCAUCUUCAAGAAGUUCGGAAAAGGAUAAAGACGAAGAGAACGUGUCGUCGCGAUUGAACUGUGAUUUACUUAAGGAAACUGAUUCUUUAGUAAACCUUCUCGAUGAAAUGUCCAAGAGAGCCGAUUCUUCGAACGAGAAUUGUAAGAAGCUGCUGGACGAGGUCAUGGGAUUGGUGGGUGAGGACUCUUUGUCAGCCAUAAACGAGGUUUCAAUCCGAGUCAAUGAGUUGAAAGAGAGGUUGAGUAGUUUGAGCUUCGGGGACUCAGUCGAGUUGGUGUUUGUCCUGAAGAGGCUGGAGGAUUGCAAAGAAAAGCUAUCGAUUUUUACUUGGAGAAAGAGGGUUUUGAUGGAGACUUUCUGGGGUUUAAUCGGCGAAGUGAAGGACAAGGUCGGGAACAGUGAGGUGUAUAGAGGGGAGGGGAGGUUUUUGACAAUGGGAAGCAGAAGGAAGGCUAGUGCGUCGGCUCGGUUCGACGACCGUGUUCCGAGGUGCAAUGACUUAGUCCGGUUCUCGUCGGGGAUAUUGUUGGCCUACACAGAUUUGGUAUUCCAACCGUAGAGACGGUGCUGGACGGCGGAAUUCCGGUGACCGAGGAGAUUGUACAGUAAGUUUGAAUGGUUUGAGAAUUGAGAUUAUACGC